UUAUGAAUGGCCUGGUAAAAUAUCCAUGUAAAAGUUUAUUUUCCCCAUCUCUUCCAGACUGACUGCAGGCCGCUUCCGUUUCUCUAUAAUUCACUGUAAAAUAUAGACGACAUGGAUCCCUCGAUGGAUCCUUGCUAAAUUCUUGUGAACACUUGUUUAUCUCGUUUAUUUUUCUUGCUUUGUAAAAUUCUCUCAGAAUAAUUUGAUAUGCUAAUAUUCCAGGACACAACGCAAAAUAUCAUUGGUAAUGGUGGGCGUGCCGGCAAACCCUUGAUAGGUCUCUGAAUUAACAGGAUCAACCAACAUCUUAUAAAUAUAUACGAUGUUACAAUCUGUAAUAAAAAAUUAAAAGGAAAAUGAAGUGCGUGGAAAUAGGUUUGCUGCUACUGCUGUGUUUAACAAGUGCAAAUGCCGGGGGCGAGGGAUGGGAUUGGAUCUCCGGUUUGAAAGGCAUGAAUGGAUCCGAAUUUAAGAAUUCCAUCUACCCAAUAAUCCAAAUGGCUGCCAAUGCCUACAGAUACCCCAAAACUAUAGAAGUCCCAGGCUGGACCCCUUCCUCCCUGGUGCCUCCCGUGGCUCCAUCACAGGGUGGAGUCCACGUUUUGGCCUACCGACAAGAAACAUCCAAUAAAAUUGUGAUUGCAUUCCGGGGCACCCAAAUCACAGACUUAUUAGACGGCCUUGCAGACAUUUGUGCAGACAUGCUCCUUUGGGACGGCCUGGACUUUAAUUCCCUUCCACCCAAAUGCUCCAUCUUUACAUACUCCACCCUUGACUACUUUUCUCAAGCCCUCAACUUCACAAGACAUGUAAUGGAUGCCUAUCCGGGAUACCCACUUUUGCUAACAGGCCACAGCUUGGGCGCAGGUCUUGCUGUACUUGUAUCUGCUGCACUUUCUGAGAAUUCUCUUAUUGUUCCUGUCAUUGGGUUCGGUCCUCCUGCCACUCUGAAGCCCUUGGAGAGGAGAUCAUUGCAUCUCAGGGCUGCAGAUGAAGGCAAGGUCAUUCUUGUUGCAAAUGAAUGGGAUGAAAUUAUGAGGACGCAAUGGGAAGGCCAACUGGGUACUCUGUGCCUGUAUCAGACAGUGGAAACCGAGGCUUGUACAGCAUGCUUUGAUAACUUCGAGGUCUCUGGUGGGUGGGGCAGUGCGAGGUUGUUGUUAGAGAAGGAAGGAGAAAAGGGUUCUGUGCUUCCAGAGGGGAAUUGCAUUAUAUGCUUCAUGCAGACUCAUAUUCUAAAGACUCUGAUUAAGCUUGUUCAAGAGGGAAGUAAACCCAUAUGCCAAGAGAGACUUCCCACAAUUCAAAUUUCUGGGUCAGGAGACGUCAAUUUUUGGUCGGGAGACGGCAAGGAGACGGUAGGAGACAGCAGCCAAAAGCACCUCAUGUGUCAAGAAGUUUCCAGAGACGUCUCCGGUAUCCGAGACGCAGCUCCAGGGGUAGGAGACAAGUCUCUAGGAAAUAGGUGUAGGAGCUAUAUUCAGGAAUUUCAGUAGAGUUGAUAGUGAUGAACAAGUUCAACUUUUGAUGGAGGAAAAUUCGAAGGACCAAGGUGGAUCUAUGCUACAUGGUCUCGAAAAAUCAGGCCGAACUUCUGGGAAUAGAUUCUAAAUUUAUUCUUUUGCCUAGAUCUCAAUCUAUGGCUCUAUGGGAUAUCUGUAGCAUUCCACAUUUGUCAAUUUACUUCAAUUAUCUCUCAUUUUACCCUAAUUUCACAACUAUAUUCCAAUUCAAGUUAGGAAAGAGGAUAACCAAUAAUAACUAGUGAAUCUAAUUAGAAUCUCAACCCUUUCCUUAUUUGGAUUGUGGCUAGAUCUAUUGGGUUCACUCCUCUUUCAAUUGUUUUGGUCAAUUUAGGAUUGCUAGUGGUUUUAUUCUCUUAAUUGACCCUAAUUCCAAAUUUAACAAUUACAUCUUGGUGAAACCUGACAUCUUGCAUGCUAAAUUUCUGAUUUAUGUUUUCA